AUGGAAGACGAUCAAGAUUUCGAAAUGUGGGAUGACGAAUUCAUCGUAAAAGCAAUUGAAGCCGCCGAAGCCGUCCCCACCGCAACCACUAUGCCACAACUACCACCGCCGCAACCACCACCGCAAUUACCACUAUGCCGACCACCUAUUCAAUCACAACCACAGCCACCACAACUAUUCCGGCCACCACCGCCGCCGAUCAGUUAUUCUCCCCCUAGAGAGUUGUCUCAGAGAGUAAUAGAAGUCACUACUCAUAAUCAUUUCUUUGAUAAGGCUUUCGAUUUCCCUAACGCAAUUAAUGAAACUUUUCGGUUGAAUGAAGUCGAUAAUGAUAGUUGGAAACAGAAGGAAAUUGAUCGCUUGAAGGACGAGCUGGGGAGAGUGUCGAAACAGCUAACUAACUUGGAACAAGAGUGUUUGGAGCUUAGGAAGGAUAGAGAGAAGAAGGAGAAGCAUUAUAGAUCGGUUUUUCCAGUAAAUGGAUCUAUAGAGGCAGGAGCUUUACCAACAAAAACGCCAAAUCUGAAAUCUAAAGAUCUUAUUGAAGACAAUUCUGUCAUUCUUCUCAGGGCUAAAGGCAAGGCGGUGGGGGUUCAGACUGAUGAACAUGCCUUGUCAAAUGAUGAGCAUGCCAAACCGACUGAUGACCAUGCCUUGUUGAUGGACUCGACAAUACGGAAGAAUGUAUUCGUUUCAAGAAAGUUGGCUGGUUUUUGGGAUUCGCGAAGUUACCAACAACCAAAAAGUAACCUUGUUUCUAAGUUGUUGGUGGCCUGUGAAGCAGACUUACAGUUCCUUUUUGGAUACUUAGGUCUAAACGUAUCAUCUAAGGAGACUACAAAAACGGACAUGGCUCCAAAACAUGGCAUUCAGGCUCUUGAAGCUGCAAAAGUGUCUCAAUUCUACUUAACAUUAACAAAGAUUAGUUAUGAUAUACGAGGAUUGGGUGAUUUUUUAGCAGCUUUGUCUGACCUCUGUUGUCUUCAAAAUAUGACUGUUGCUCAUAGUUCUCUUUGCGUACUGCAUGUGGUUUUGAAAAAUAUACUGAGUAUGGAAAACAGAUUACGCAGCAGGGACAAUGUCAUUAUUAAUGACCCUUCCAACGUGAAUAGAAGCUCCGAAAAACAUACUGAAAUGGGACAUCUGCUGUGUGAGAUUACCCAAGAGACUACUAAUUCACAUCAUUCGGUUCUCACAAAGUUGAUAGGUGCUACAACGAUUUGGAAUGAGGACACCUUGAGGGAUGAAUCCUUGCCAUUGAUUUCUCAUUCGAAAUGGUUUUCUUUUUUUAAAAUGAUGAAUCAAGUUGCCACACAACAUAGAGAAGAAAUUAUAAGAGUGGAGGCAAUUUCUAUUAUGAAUAUUCUUCUUUUGAGAACUGAUGCUUAUGCGGAAAGGAAGAUGUAUGGAGAGGUAGCAGUGUUUCAAAGUAUCUCUCAGCUGUUACGAAAAGAAGCUGGGCUUGGUGUGCAAAAACAAACCGUAUAUCUUCUCUAUCUCCUGCUAAAUUGUCCAAGCUUAAUGUCGAUGUUCUGCUCCUCUUGUAAAGAAGAGGGGACAAGUGCUGGAGUCCCAACCACGAGUGCUGAAACUCCUCUUACAUCUCACUGUUCAGGUGCUAUACUAGAAGGCUUAGCUGAUUGUUUAGCUUGUCCUGAUAAUGGUGCAUUGACAACCUUGGUUUUAAAACUUCAGCGGAAGGCCAUCAUUCUGCUGGCUCUCUUGGCAUCAUCAGGGAGACUUGGCUUCGAAGUUUUGCUGGGAAGUAAUCUUCCAAAAAGGACCAAUUUUCUUCAUUUGAUUCUGCAGAUUGUCGCGUCUGAAAUUGAUGUAGAAGCAUCUGAGAGUAUUCAACCCUCUGAUGCUUUCAAAGAAAGAACAUUGCUAAUUCGUGAGGCGCUCAUCCUUUUAAAUAGACUUGCAUCUCAUUCCCAAUACUCGAUACCAGUAUUACGCGUUCUUACAAAUCCAAGUGGCAUGGCCUGCUUGGCGGUUGACAUUGCUCACAGAGUAUCCAGACAAGACAAAUGGCAGUUGCAGUCUGACACCAAGACCAAGCAGACUAGGGAAUCAGAGGUUGUUGAUUUAGCUCGGAGGUUCAAAAAAACUCUGUUCACUUUCUUAGAAGAUACUACAUCACAAAAAUAAAAACUUCUAGGAGGCUUUUGGUAGUACAAGAUAUUAGAACGGAAUGGAAUUGUAAUAGAGAAUGAGAAUGGAGAGAAGGGAAGCAACCUGUAAAGUUGCCAGGAAGUUUCUUUUGCAUUUUUGGAAACACGUUUUGACUCUUCGCACGCUCUAUUCAUUACCACUGUUGUAACCUUUGUACUCAUUGUAUGUAGAAGGCAUUGUAUAUAUGUAAAUGAAAGGUUGCAAUUCGAGCCACCAUUGACCUGAA